AUGGAAAACGAAGCUAACGGUUUGACAGACUCCUUCGUGGCCAGACACACUACAGACCCUACCUUACGCUUGGGACUGCUUUUUCGUUAUCAAAAUGGCUCACGCCAUGACCAAGGCACAGGGAUGGGGGCAGAGGUAAGAAAAACUGAAUACAGCAUAGCUUUUAGAUGAAGAGAGGGACACUGAUAUUGCUUUUCUGGAACUACAUUGCGGGUCUGCUAGGGCAGGAAGGGCGUUGUAAAAGUAAUUUUCAAUCACCGAAAUUGAAACUGAGAUCGCAGCUUUUAUUGACUACGACAUAAAAACUGGAAAACAACUAUGAGUCUGAAUAAUCCAGAAAAAUUUGAUCGCUCAAACCUAGUCAAAAUAUUGAUUCCCUGCAUUACAAAAAGAUACUUUAGAAAAUGGCAAAAUAAACUAACGAAAAUCGUUGUUGUUUUUGUUGUCACGGCUGCCCCAUGUAAGUGUUUAGCGAUAUCUUUCCAAUUUUUAUUUAUUUAAAACAAAAACAGCUCAUAGAUUUAUGAGGCAUCAAAACACGCAUUCCAAGCGGGUAAAAUGAGUCUACAUCUCCCGUUCGAGGAGUUAGCCAUGUAAUAAACAUUGUUGGAAAUUAUCUUAUUUUGUUUCGUUUCUCCAGACUGCCGGGCCAAACAACACUGCUACCGACUCUUCUGCAGCUGGUUCCCCUUCGGCCGAAGUUUUCCUAACAAACUCUCAAGCUUCAAAUUUGUUUGCAUUGUCUCCACUGAACAUAAGGCCUUGGAAUGUUGAGUCUUUAGAGUCCACGAGCAACAGUCAUCUUGCAUUGAUGCAAGGAGUAGCUAGAGCAACGGUCCAAAUGAACAGGAGAAUGCGGGAAAGAGAACAGCGUGAAUUGGAGCGGGAACAACUUCAAACGAAUCAAGACAGAAGGGAAAGGGAGAUUAGAAUGAGAAGAAAUAGAGAAAUGAUAGAAAGAGAGAGAAGGGAAAUGAGAAGAUCUGGUGAAUGGAGAGAAUGGCAAGAGGCAGGAGAAUAA